CAAGAACUCCGCCAAUCAUCUGUCCGCAGUCCCUGAAAUCAACGCAACUCCAACCCGGCUAACAGCGACAAGCCAAGAUGGGGGUCGGUAUGGGGUGAGCCGGGUCGCUUUCAUAAAGUUGGCCAUUUGGCCAGAGCUGCCAUCUCUCGCUCCCCCGGGCUCAACUUCAUCCUCAUUGUCAUCCCUAACUUUAUCACAAUGGGACGGUUCUUGACGUCGACCGCGCUGGCAGCCCUUGUCGCGUUCCCCGGACUCAUUCCGGGAGUCCAUGCCCAGAACGAGGCGGCUCUGUGGUCCCAAUGUGGUGGACUAAACUGGACAGGACCGACGAACUGUGUCUCUGGUGCCGUCUGCACUAAGUGGAACGACUGGUUCUCCCAAUGCGUCCCGGGGGCCACCACAAGCAGCACGUCCUCCGCCCGGAGCACAUCUACUUCCACUUCCAUUUCCAAGACCAGCAGCAGCAGCACUUCGAAGGCCACCACCUCGUCCACGUCCACGCGCACCACCCUCACCACGUCGACCCGCACGACGUCGACUACCAGCUCGGCAUCCAGCUCCAGCACUGUCGACCCCUGCGCGCUCAAGUACCUCAUCAGCUUUGGUGACUCGUACUCGCAGACGGGCUUCGACAUCAACGGCAACAAGCCCUCGAGCAGCAACCCGCUCGGCAACCCACCCUUGCCCGGAUGGACCGCCAGCGGCGGGCUGAACUGGGUCGGCUUCCUGGCUUCGCAGUACAACACGUCUACGCUGCUGGCCUACAACUUCGCCUACGGCGGCGCCACCACCAACGCCACCAUCGUCCCGCCCUACGCGCCCACCGUGUUGAGCUUCAUCGACCAGGUGGCCCAGUUCAGCGGCAGCAUCGCCAGCAAGCCGAGCUAUGCCCCCUGGGGUGACAAUGCCUUGUUCGGCGUGUGGAUUGGCGUUAACGACGUGGGCAACACGUGGUGGAAGUCGGACUAUGAUCAGAUCGUGGCCCAGAUCAUGGACAGCUACUUUGGACAGCUGCAGAUCCUGUACAAUGCGGGUGCGAGGAACUUCGUGCUACUGACUGUGCCACCCAUCCAUCGCACUCCGGCCUUUAUUGCGCAGGGAAACCAGCAGGCCGUCGCCGCUGCUAUCGCCAAGUACAAUGCGGCCCUUUCAACUAGACUGGCGGCCUUCACGACCAAGAAUAGCGGCACUACCUCCAAGAUUGUCGACACCACCGUUCCCUUCAACACGGCGCUCGACAACCCGACUGCCUACGGCGCGCCCGAUGCGACGUGCUACAAUGAAGAUGGCAAGUCAUGCCUGUGGUUCAACGACUAUCACCCUGGGAUUGAGAUCAACAGGCUGGUUGCGAAGGCUGUGGCAGAUGCCUGGAAGGACAGCUACUUCUGAGAGCUGUGCAAGCAUGUUCCGUCUCAGACUUCUUUGUUUGGAGUCUGGGUGUGAUCAAUGGCUUUGUGAGCGGGCACUGCGGAGGACUGUAUCUCAAUGACAAACAGCCUGCAACUUGUUCUCAGACGUGAUGCCCAAGCCAAAGACCUGUGAGACAUUAAUGCAACGAUAUAGUUCAAGUGGAAAACUGUUGUACUGAGCGCAAGAAUUCCAAGCCAGAACCCAGAUUUAGAGCUUCAGCAUGGU